GCGAUAUCUUGAUAAGCCAAAAUGGCGACGCCCAUGGGUAUUUCUGAACCUCGUGAGAGCGACAGAGUUGGCAGCGAAGACGGUGAGAAUGGAGGUGCUUCUGCUGGGGGAUUGCACAAUACUGACACCAAACCACCAUGUUUAAUCGUAUUAGGGAUGGCAGGCUCUGGUAAAACGACUUUUGUUCAGCGCCUGACUGCUCAUUUGUACGCAAAUAAAGAGCCACCAUACAUCAUCAACCUAGACCCGGCUGUUCAUGAAGUAGGAUACCCUACUAAUAUUGAUAUCCGUGACACUGUCAAGUACAAGGAGGUUAUGAAGCAGUACGGUCUAGGUCCUAAUGGAGGCAUCAUGACGUCACUCAAUCUUUUCGCUACACGCUUUGAUCAAGUCAUGGGAUUUGCAGAGAAACGCAGCAAAGAAACAAAAUACAUCAUACUAGAUACCCCAGGACAGAUUGAAGUCUUCACAUGGUCAGCAUCAGGAGCUAUCAUCUCUGAGACUUUGGCGUCUACCUUUCCCACAGUGGUAGUUUAUGUUAUGGAUACAGCACGGAGCGUGAAUCCAGUCACAUUCAUGUCCAACAUGUUAUAUGCCUGCAGUAUCCUGUACAAAUACAAGCUACCGUUCAUCGUUGUGAUGAAUAAGAUUGACAUCGUUGCUCAUGACUUUGCCAUGGAAUGGAUGAGGGACUUUGAGACGUUCCAGGACGCAUUGAACCAGGAGACAUCUUACGCGUCCAAUCUGACACGAUCGAUGAGCCUAGUUUUGGAUGAAUUCUAUGAAAAUCUCAGGGCUGUAGGUGUGUCAGCUGUAACGGGACAAGGAAUGGAAGACUUCUUUAAAGCCGUCACUGAAGCUGUUGAAGAAUAUGAGACUGAAUACAAGCCGCAGUAUGAGAGAUUACGAAGAGAAAAGAUGGAAGCAGAAGCCAAAGAAGCUCAAAGAAAGUUGGAGAAGGUCAAGAGGGGCAAAGGUCAAGGGUCAAAGGUCGGACUUACAGGAGCAUCAGUGGAAGAAGAUGCAAACAUCAAAGGCCCAUCGGUUGAACUGAGGUUAGGUCCUGAUGAUGAUGAAGAAGAAAUCACUUUAGAUUCUGAUGAUGAUGAUGAGGAUGAGCUAAAAGAAGCUGAAUCAUUCCAGAGAUUCUUACAAAGCCAAGGAGCACAUCCAGGUUCAUCCAGCCAAUCCGCAUCCUCCAAGCCAUCAGGUGAUACGUGACAUCACAAUGGUUAAUAACUACUCAUCUGGCCAAUCAACUUCCUCCAGGCAGUCAGGUGAUACAUGACAUCACAAUAGUCAGCUGCACCUCUCACCAAGGGCAUCAGAGCUCCAAACAUGUAUGGCAUCAUAUUUUGAUUUAAAUUUUUUUUAGCCAAUCAGGAAGUGGCUAACAGUCAGAUGAUGUGUGACAUCACAAUAGUUAGCUACUCAUCAGUGCCAGCUUUUGCAGUUUUGUUGUUAGCUUAACAAGGCGUUAAUAGGAGGCCCAUUCACAUCAUUUCGAUUGUGAUCAGGGGUGCCACUUUUCCGUCUUUAAUUCCGACUUUUCCUGUUUUUUGUGUAUUAAAAAAAUUGGAAAGCCCUCCUCCCCCCCCCCCUCUCUCGAUUGCGAUGCAUGUCGAUCGACCGAGUGAGAAAUAUUUGCUAUCAUACAGUACAUGAUUUAUAAAUGCGUGCACUACCCACAACGUUCAUCUAGUUAUCUUUCUAUCAAGGCUUUCCAAUUAGAAUUUUUGAUAUCCUGCCCAAUCAAUGCGAGCGACUAGUUCCGAACUCAUGCACAUAGACAAGCGCAAAGCAGCGGCACGAAUCGUGAUAUAUAGCGACUGGUAAAUACGUCUGUAAGGAUGAUGACAUCAUCCAAGAUGGCAACUUUUGAUGACCAACAAAAAGAUCGAGGAUGACUAUGUUUUGAUCAUCAUUUAAAAAGGAAUUAGUCGAAACUGCGGUCUAAUUUUUUCGGAUUUUUAUAUAUUUUCUCGUAAAUUUAGAUGUAAUUGUAAUGAACGAAUUAUUUUUUCAUAAUGUGACAUUUUAUGUACAAAAAACGUUCUGAAAAUCGGAUUUCCACUGAAUGUUAGAUCUAACGUUACUGCUGAUAUGUUGUCUUUACGUACGGGCCAACAACUCUUCAGUCUAUGUAUUGGUGAGUAGAGCCAACGCGGUUCAGCGGAAUAACCAAUAUACAGAGACUGAAGCUUUUGAUCUAGCGUUCUAGGAGCAACACACAACAACUACCAUUAUUUUUUCAAACCUUGACUUCAAAAUCAUCGAUCACAACAAGGUUAGAAGCCACUUGGAAAAAAACACAAACAAAGGGGUCAUGCCCCAAUUCACUGUUCUUGGACACUGUCCCUGCCAGCGAUAAGUUUCAGUAUUUUUGGUGGACACCUAGUGGCAUCCCUGAUUGUGAUGUCAAACAUUAAUUGCAAGGUGGAAAUAAAGUAUUAUGACAUCAGGCACGCUGUGACAUUGCCAAUUGUUAACAGGGCUUCUGUUAGCGCAUUGUUAGCAGUAACAACGUUUCUGCGCAAUCGAUAGGCCUACUGGCCAGUUAGCAUCCUGCAAGCAGUUGGGUGAUAUGUGACAUCAUAAUCUUAUGUAGCCAAGUACUGAUUUGCAAAUAGUGUUCUGUGCGAGUAAACGAAUAUAUCAGCAAGCUUCAAGCACGAAGCAGUACCUAGUAAAAUCUUGGUGGGGUGGGGAGAUUCAGUACCCCUGCUUCGCAGGGCUGUGCGGACACACUGAUGACACAUCCUAAUUGCUACCACCAAAACAAGAGUAGUCCAUUGUGGCCAACACAAUACAGGGGAAAGACUGGACACUUCACUGAUAUUUAAAAAAAAAUAUAUGGGGAAACUGAGGGUGCCCAACACCGUUAGGGAGAGAAAGAUUGUAUAUUGUUGUGGGCUUGUGUAUAAAACGUAUUGGGGAAAAUGAUGUGGGAAAAGAUAAAUGUUUAUUUGAAUUUAAUUGAAUAGAGGGGACGAAGAAGAGGGCGCAGGGGCGGUGCAUGGGGAUAAUCCCACCCCCCAUUUCCAAGAAGUCUGAAAGAUAUAUUUCUCAUUUUGCAAGCAUUCUUGGAAGAAUAACAAAUCUUGAAAUGUCAAAAUUGCUUGUUCCCUCACCCCUCAUGUUUUUUACACAACACAUGACGAUAUGCAAAAUAUACCCAUUCUCUACUGCCAGGCGGCCUUCCAAAGGGUUUCAUUACACAAUCUUUUGACUGUCGAGUCUUCCCUUUAUCUUUGCUUGCAGCCAAUGAGAAUCAAACGGCUUUGAUUAUGUAAAUUAAUGUUGUUUAUACAAUUCAUACAAAGGUUCUUGUUUAUUUAAUUAGUUAAAAGCUACUGCAUAUUUGACCCAUUUCUUGCUGCAUGCAAAUUUAAUUUUUCAUUGCACGGCAACGGUGCAUUUUUUAUUUCUCCAUUGCACGGUUGAGCUCUUUCCCGCAGUGUGUACCACUGAGCAUGUGUGUUUACAUACAUUUUAUAUGUAUGUAUGAGUGCGCAAAUGGAAGUAAGCGCAUUAAUAGGGCUGACUUUGCGCACUUUAUAAUCAUGAUAAUCAUGUUAUCAGAGAAAAAUGAGGUGCCAGACAAUUCAAUGGCAAAAUAUAUUUUUUUUUUCCCAAAAAAAAAUAUCAAAAAGUUGUAUAUAACAAAUGAUGCAUGUCUUCAUUUAUCCAUUUUGCGACCUAUCUGCUCUCAUUGACCCCAUGUUCCAUCCAUUGCACUCAGCCUAACGGCUUUAUGCAAUGGAUUGAACAGAGCCUCAACUCCGGCAUCAACUUCUCAUAAUGAACUCAUGUGCAUGCAUCAUUUGUAUAUUGUUUCCAUAGAACAAACAAUGAUUUCUUAUGGGUGAGAGUGCAUGGGG